UGUAGAUCUUAAGAAGGUAUUACAAAUCAUAAAACAAGAAAGGACCUUCUAGUUACAAGUAGACUUAUUUAUAAGCAAUGUUUCAGUAAAAUCUCUGCAGGGAAAGGCCUAAUUGCUCUUAGCCUUUUGAAAUUUUUACUACCUCUUGGAUGUGUAUCUUAUAUGUAGAGUUCGAACUCGAAAAUGAUUUUCAGGUUAGGAAGGUUCUCUCGUAAGUAUUCCAGUGCAGAAGAUAUUUUAUCUAAUACGUUUGAUCUAAAGCAAAAAAUUUGAAUUCCGACGCGAAAGUAAUCUCCUGAUUGCGACCUCGUCAUAUUUCAAUUCGAUUAAAAAUUAAUUCUAUAUGUAGAAUAGAAGUAUGAAACGUUCUAGUCUAAGAUUGUUUAUUUUUUGUAUUCAACGACUUACCUGUAUCGAUAAAAUCUCAAAUUGAUAAAUAUAAAUCUAUCUUUCAAAGGUAAAAUUCGAUCAUCAAGUAAAGAUGGUAUUACGGUAACAUUAGGUAAUAUGAAAUGAAAUAUUUUAUUUUUAUAAAAACAAAAUAUAAUAAAUUCUUUGAAUAGAUUUUUUUGAUGAUAUUCUUAUUCCGUCGACUAAACUUCAACAUCCAUCUCGAUUUAUUGAAGCUGAACAAACAUGGGCAUGGCAAUAUGAAACUGAUGAUGAAACACAUGAUCUUGUUAUGGAUAUUGGUGAAGAAAUUCGUUUUCGUGUUGUACAAGAAAUUUUUGAAGAUACAGCACCAAAAGAAAUGCCAAAUAAUAAUGGAUCAAUAACACAAACUACUAAUGAUGAUGAUAAAAAAGUACCUUAUACAAUAAUUGGUUCAAUAUCAGAACCAGGUCUAGGACUAAAAUCAUGGUGGAUUGAAACAUCUUGA